GCAGCAGCUCCGCCUCGCCCGGGCGUCACUUCCCCGGGAGGAGAGAGGAAGAGGAGGAGAAGAUGGCGGCGCUGGGGGAGCCUGUACGCUUGGAGAGAGACAUCUGUCGGGCUAUUGAGUUGCUAGAAAAGUUGCAGAGGACUGGAGAGGUUCCCCCACAAAAACUGCAGGCUUUGCAAAGAGUCCUUCAAAGUGAGUUCUGUAAUGCAGUACGGGAGGUAUAUGAGCAUGUAUAUGAGACUGUGGACAUCAGCAGUAGCCCAGAAGUGAGAGCUAAUGCUACAGCCAAGGCCACUGUUGCUGCCUUUGCUGCCAGUGAAGGCCAUUCCCAUCCCAGAGUUGUUGAACUACCAAAAACAGAAGAAGGGCUUGGAUUCAACAUCAUGGGCGGCAAAGAGCAAAACUCUCCAAUCUAUAUAUCCCGAAUUAUCCCAGGUGGUAUUGCUGAUAGACACGGGGGAUUGAAGCGUGGAGACCAGCUUCUUUCUGUAAACGGAGUGAGUGUUGAAGGGGAACAUCAUGAAAAAGCUGUAGAACUGCUGAAAGCAGCUCAAGGGAGAGUUAAGCUGGUUGUACGAUACACACCCAAAGUCCUGGAAGAGAUGGAGUCCCGAUUUGAAAAAAUGAGAUCAGCAAAGCGCAGACAACAGAAUUAAUACUGUACAUAUAACUUAUGGAUAAGCAUGACUUUGGUCUGCCCCAACCAUGGAAGAUGAUCUUGUACUUUAAAAGGUGUUAAUUUUGUUAAUUCUUAAAUCUUUUACAAAUCUGUGUUGGACAUCCUAAUGCUUCCUCAGAAGAAACGUUUACAUGGGCAUUUUAAACUGUCGUUUUACAGAUCUUUCUUUAAAGUUCAAACCUGUAAUCAUCAAAACCAAUUUGUACACAGUUUUUUAAAUACACACUUUAAUACGCUGUUUUCAGCAUUUGUAACAUCUGUUUUUCUAGUACUUUUUCCCAUUUGGUAUUGUUUAAAACUGGAAAUCUUUAUUUUGAAUACAGAUAUAAAGCAAGUCUUAAUCUUCUUGGCUAUUAAGCAUGUGUCAUCUCCUUGCAAGUAGCCAUAAUUGUAUGGCUAAGUACAAUUUGUACUUUUGAUGAACAAGUUUCUAUGCAUAUUCUAGAUCAUAACUUUAUAUUGUUAAUGGCAUCUUGAACACUUUCUUACCUCUUUUGUGAAUAAUUUGUAGCAGGCCUUUAUUUAAUGUUUCAAUGACUGACAUCUGAGCAGCUAUCAUUCCUGUUAUUUAUACCUACUUUUAUAGUAAUCUUUCAACAAUUGGAGAAACAACAAAGCUGUAUAUUUAUAUCUAGCAAGCUAAAGGUUGCAUGCUGUGUAGGGAAACAAAACAUAUUCUUAACUUUCUCUUGUCUUGUAACUUACUUUAACCAUGUCAACCUGUACUGUUCUCAGAGGAUAGGGCCAUCAAGAGCUAGUAAUAUAUAGUAGAGUUUGGGGAACAUCAAUCAAAGGAUGAUAUUGUACUUAAUGUCUUGUUUCUGGGUUUCCCUUGACUUUGGGAACCGAAUGCUGGAACAGGUGUUCUUUUGGUGAGAUCCAGGGCUGCUCUCAUUAUGUUCCCAGUGAUGGUGGAUGACUUUUGUGGGUAACUUGUCCAUUUCUUGUCAGAGCAUAAGUUCUAUGAAUGUCUCCUUUUUGCUAUGUUCAUAACAUAGAAACACUAACUGGUUUUAGGAUUUCAUUUGUAAAAGUUCUAGGCAAGCAAAUGAGGAUAUUCCUACGUAGUACACUUUUGCAUGGAUAGUUUUGGCCCCAAAUUCUGGAAGACAGUUUUUCCUCCAGACUGCUUCUCUUAGUUCUGUAAAGUAUUUGGAGAUUGGCUAUAAAUGUCCAGUAGACGCGGCUGUUCUUGGUAAGACAUUGGCAGAAGGCAAUGUCUUACACAAUUGCUAUCCAGUUUACUUCAAAAGACUUUUUGGGGGAUUUUAAGAUCCAGUGGACCUCUGAAGUAUUUUUGCCUAAUUAUGGUAUGGGUUUUGCUUUGUAUCUUUAAACCUGAAAGAUUUGUGUUUACUGACAGCUCAAAUUUUUCGAAUUACCCAUAUUGCUGUGGCUAUUGAGAGCAGUAUAGAAACAAGGGGCAGGACUAUUUUGAACCGUGUAGACCAGGUAGACUGUUAGGAAUUGUGGGGGUUGAAGUUCAAAACACCUGGAGGGCCGAAGUUUGUCCAUGCCUGGUGUACUUAUUGCUUUACUACUUUAAGUAAGUAACCUCUGGAUUCUGUGUGAGCUUGCUUCUGCUUUUGUAGCUCAUACUACCAAGUGAAAGUUUUUGUAUCAUAGUUUGCAGCUGAGCCCUGGCCUAUAGAAACACAUUUGUGGAUUAUUAGAGCAUCUGUCAGCAGCAGACAAAGUUCUAUCUCCUGGCUAUUGCUACUAAUCAGGUUACUACAAUCUCAGCAAGUUUCUGCAUGUUUUCUGCAGAAUUCUGGAUAUGAGCUAUCAGAAAAGUGUGGUGAUACUGGUGAAGGCUAGAGUUAGGCAAUCCCUCGUUGUCCGAGUAGGAUAGUCUUCCAGAUCAGUGUACUGGCGGUGUGUCCAUAGGUGACUGUGGAGCCCUAUUCUUGAUCUGCAUUGUUUCCCGCAGUGAGGGCAUUGGUUUCCAGGUGGAAGGUGGUCCCAGUCAGAGUUGGCUUGACGCGCUUUCCUCUUGGCAUGUUUCUCUCUUUCGCCUUCCAUUUGUGCCUCUUCAAAUUCUGAAGCACUGCUGGUCACAGCUGACCUCCAACUGGAGCGCUCAAGGACCAGAGCUUCCCAGUUCUCUAUCCAUGCCAGAGUUUUUAAGGUUGGCUUUGAGCCCAUCUUUAAAUCUUUUCCUGAAGGCUAGAGUCUUAUGUCCCAUUCUGAGCUGUAUUACUGAAGUUCUCCUGUUUAAACAUUUGGACAUCAUUUAAGCUGAAUUUAUUAAAACUUUUCCUUUCCUCAAAACCCAUGUAAACAAGAUUUCUAUGAUACAAUAGAGUCCUGCUUCUGUCCUUUUCUAAAAUAUUCUGCCACUUGUGUCCCCCUGAUGAAAGCUAAAGAUAUUUUAAUCUAAAAACAUGAGAAUCCAAGCCUUACAUCGCAUUAACUUGAUUGUCCACUGGGUGUCAGUAUUCAGCCAGAAAUUCAUCCAGGAUGUCGUGAGCUGGUUUCCUGGACUAUACUUUCGAAUGAUUAGAACUACAAGGCAGCACUCUUAAAUCUGAGAAGAUGUUAGUAUGGGGAGAUAUUAGUAGAUGUUUGCUGUCUAAUGUCAGCAUAAAAUGUAUUAGUCAGGAUGAUAAUGUUUAAAAGAGAAGACAAGAUCUAAUAGCAUUGGUACAAAUCUUUUCUGAACAUUUAGCCAUUGUGAGCCUUCCUGUAACAACAGAAUGUUAGUUUGGAAUGUUAGUAACUCGACAACUGUGUGACUUUCUUUAGUCUUUGAAAUAAGACUGAGCACUGAAUUGCAUGGUUUAAUUAUGUAGCCUGCUGUGGAAGAACCAUGUAGUUGAACUGUAUAUUUUUAUGGAGCAAUUAAUAUUUAAAGUAUUGAGACCAAAAUAAAUAGUUGGGCCAAUCAUGAAGUAUUUUAAUUGUAUGAUAUUAGAUUUCUGUUUGAGCUUCCUCUAUUUUAUAUUUUUUAAAAGAAAAAAUAGGAUCCAUUAAAUAUUACUAUAGAGUUUGUUCACCUAAUAUUUACUGAAUAUAGCAAUGUUUUUUACGGGUUGUUGUGAGUUUUCCAGGCUGUAUGGCCAUGUUCCCGAAGCAUUAUAUUUUGGUGUUUCACCUGCAUCUAUUGCAGUCAUCAUCAGAGGUUGUGAAGUCUGUUGGAAACUAGAAAAAUUGGGUUUAUAUUUCUGUGGAACAUCCAGGGUGGGAGAAAGAACUCUUGUCUAUUUGAGGCAAGUGUGAAUGUUUCAGUUGGCCACCUUUAUUAGAAUUUUAUGGCCUAGCAGUUUCAAGGUCCGGUUUCUUACUGCCUGGGGGAAUCCUUUGUUGGGAGGUUAUUAUCAAGCCCUGAUUGUUUCUUGUCUGGAAUUCUCCUGUUUUUGAGUGUUGUUCACCCCACAGCCUCUGAGGGCUCCCUGCCAUAGAUGUGGGCGAAACGUCAGGAGAGAAUGCUUCUGGUACAUGUCCAUAUAGCCCGGAAAACUCACAACAACCCUGUUCCCUUACUCUUUAAAGGUAAUUGGGAUAGCCGGGGCUGCUGUAGAAAAGUAAUUUAUGUAAAGUCUUAGAAAGAGUUACUUGGAGGAAAGGCCCACUGUAUGCAGUGGGAUUUUUUUUUCAUCCAGGUACUUGUGCUUAGAAUUGCAACCUGGAGGAAAUCCCACUCAACUCCCCCAUUCAGAACUGUACUUCUCAGUAGAAAAGUACAGAUUUUUCAAUUAGGGGUUUUCAUUCUUACAUUCACCUUUUGUGGUUUUAUAUUCUGUAAGUUCUGCCUCUAGAAUGUAUUGAAUUAAAAGAUAUGAUGAGGAGAAAAACAGAUAGUGGGAAAGUAUUUCUUGCCUCUCAGAACCAUUGUUUAGAGCUUGAGUGAGUUGGGGCUGAAUUAAUUGUGUUGCCAUUAGAUCACUAGAAACUCAAAAUAUUUUUAAUCCAUUUUUUUUCUCAGUUGCUUCAAUCCAUAAAGUUUAAAUGGAUCUUGAGACCAAGUUGAAAACAAAAUUUAAAAUAUUAGAUUUAUUCAAGAGUCAAGAAAAUAAAAUAAAGAAUACUACUGAGCGCGUGCAGUCACUACAUUGUAUUGGCAUAUGCACAUAUGCAAUAACUUAAUAACCAGCACAGAUUAAAAAUAAAGAAUAUUAUGUAAGUAGUCUCUAUGUACUUAUUGCUGCUUCAGGGCCCUGUGAUGAUUUUUUUUUCUUUUUUGGAACUUGAAAAUAAAAAAAAUGAAUCUUCAUA